UGCGCAUGCGCAGGUCAUUGUUGGCAGGUCAGGAGCGAGAAUUGUGGUAGCUGUAGCUCGCAGUAUAGCUGCGUAAUUACAGGUUUAUGUGGACGAAGUGUUAAUAUAAGUGUAAGCCGUUGUGUAACUGUUCACUCAUGGCUCUCAGAAGGUGCUGGAGGUUUGCCGGUGUUGUUCCGCGGCUGUUAUGGAACAGUACCGUCCUUCCUGGAGGACGAAGCUCUGUGUCCAGCCUUGUCAACACUCACCACGGUUGCAAACACACAGAGUUGCUGCUCCGCGGGUUCAGUUCAGCGCCACUGAACCCAGAUUUGAGUUAUGACCAGCUGAAGCAACUCCUAUCCGGCCAGAAAGCUGUGGUAAUAGAUGUUAGGGAGCCCUGGGAGCUCAGGGAGUACGGCUCCAUCCCUGGGUCAAUUAACGUCCCCCUGGCACAGGUGGGCACUGCCCUCCAGCUGGAUGCGGAAGAGUUCAAUGAAAAAUACGGAGGUGAAAUGCCCCAGCAGACAGACAACAUCGUGUUUACCUGUCUGGCAGGGAUCAGGAGCAAAUCAGCACUGGACACAGCCGCCUCUCUGGGAUACAAAGAUGUUCAUAAUUAUGCGGGUGGAUGGCAAGACUGGUCGAAAAAUGAGCAGCAGGACUGAUCCAAGAAUAACGAAAAGGAAAAAAAAAUGAGUAAAGCCUUUACUCAAGGUCUGACUGGAAUGUGAGAGAGUGUACUGAGGAAGGUUUUUUAAAAGGUUCCUUCUUCCUUCUGUUGUUUUAAGAGCCAGUUUUAAAAAUAAAAUAUGUUCUGUGAAUCCCAAAGACUGAAACCAGAGGGCACAGAACACAUCUCUGCUGCUGAUUAAAAAAUACUGCAAUGUCACUUGAAGGUACUUGUAAAUUCAUUUCUUUAUGGAACUCUUUAAAUACUGAUAACAUCUUUCAAUAGAUACAUAUAACCAGUGACUGUUGUAAACCAUACUACAAUCAUGAAUGUACAAUGAAAAGAGUUAUUGUUUCCAGACUAUGCAAAUGACUACUCCACUGUCUAUAAUUGCACCAUCCUUCUCAUAAUACGGAUAGUUCAACAUUUCAGAUCAUGUGUUGUAAAUAUUAAAUAUUGUGUUUGUCAUAGAUGCAUCUGCAGUUUUUGCCAAACUCAUUCAAUAAAUACUAUUAUAGUUUUGAUUAAAAGUGA